AUGGCGAAACGCGGCGCGGAAGAGGCAGAUGCGCUUGCUGGCGCUCUGAAGGCCGGCGAGCGGCCGAUGCCUGAUGUCCCGCCAGACGAAAUGGGCGACUUUGAAGAUGAGUUUGAGGACGAAUUCGAAAGCGAGGACGAAGUUCUGGAAGCCGGUGUGGAUGGCAGACCCGAUGCGGAACGAGAAGAGGAAGAAAAGGAUGCAAUGGAAAUAGAUAAACAGACCUUCAUCCCAGGUCGGACGAAGCUGGCCCCUGGGGAAACGCUGUCUCCGGACCCUUCUACCUAUGAUAUGCUCCAUACCCUAACCACACCCUGGCCAUGUCUCUCCUUUGAUAUUGUCCGGGAUAAUUUGGGCGACAAUAGAAAGACGUACCCUGCUACUGUAUAUGCGGUCGCUGGAACACAGGCCGAUACUCCACGAUCUAAAGAGAACCAGCUUAUGGUGCUAAAACUCAGCGGACUUAGCAAAAUGGACAGAGAAAAGGCAGAAGACUCGGACGACUCGGAUGAUGACGACGAUUCUCCCUCGGAACCGAUCCUUGAAUCGAAAUCAAUCGCUCUUAACUCAACAACGAACCGUAUCCGUACCCAUCAAACUCCACAUUCCUCAAACGACCCCACAAAACCACCUCAAACACUCACUGCAUCACUGCUUGAGAAUUCUCAGGUUCUGAUUCAUGAUGUAUCGCCAUAUCUUGCCAGCUUCGAUAAUCCUGGUCUCAUUAUUCCUCCAUCUGCGUCGAAGCCACUAUCCACCCUGCGAAUGCACAAAUCAGAAGGGUAUGCGCUUGAUUGGUCGCCUUUAUAUCCCCUGGGCAAACUUCUAACUGGGGAUAAUGAUGGUGCCAUAUAUGUGACUACCCGCAGUGAAGGAGGCGGAUGGAUAACCGACACUCGACCAUUCACCGGGCACACUUCCUCAGUAGAAGAAAUUCAGUGGUCUCCUAAUGAGAGGAACGUUUUUGCAUCUGCCAGCAGUGACGGUAGUGUCAAAGUCUGGGAUGUUCGGUCGAAAUCCAGAAAACCGGCUGUAGAUGUGAAGAUCUCUAAUACUGAUAUUAACGUCAUGAGCUGGUCGCAACAAACCUUCCACCUUCUGGCUACAGGUGCCGAUGACGGCCAAUGGGCAGUCUGGGAUCUGCGACACUGGAAACCAGAUGCCAACAAGUCUUCACAGUUGAAACCAAAACCUGUGGCAUCAUUUAAUUUCCAUAAGGAGCCUAUCACAAGCAUCGAGUGGCAUCCCACAGAUGACAGCGUCGUUGCCAUUGGCUGCGCGGAUAAUACUCUGACGCUGUGGGAUCUUGCUGUAGAGUUAGACGACGAGGAAGGCCGAGAUGCCUCCCUAGCGGACGUACCACCACAACUAUUGUUUGUUCAUUAUAUGGAAAUGGUAAAAGAGGUGCACUGGCAAGCGCAGAUGCCGGGAACCCUCAUGGCCACUGGUAGUGGUGGAUUUGGUGUCUUCGUGAAAUUGAAAUUUCAUAUUGCUAUCAACAAGGCAUUUCUGCAAAUACGUUCCGAGAAGCUUGUCAUAGAGGCGGGAUAUAGCCUAUUCUAUUUAUUAGAACGAUCGAUGUCGCAAACCUCGAACAAUGACUCAACGGGAGUGGCAAAGAAUAGAGUCGAUGCGGAGAUGACGAGCCAGAACCUGCCCUUCGAGGUAUUCUAUAUUGUUCCCUAUGAAUCGCACGACCAAAAUACAAUAUCACAAUACAAAUGCUGCUACCGAGUUAUCCACGCGAAUCAUAGAGACGAAGCCAUCUGUGGAUAUCUUUUUACAAAUCUUGGCAGGCAUAUAUGUUCGACAGGGAGCGGCGAUGUCAGGGGUCAGAUAUUCGCUGGGGGCAGCAGGAUUAAAGUAUAUAUUGACCGGGAAGUUGUAGGUAAAUUAAGCCCUGCACCCAGGUCCAGGGCGGUACACGCAAGGAAGGUUCCUAGAAUAAAGAUAUACCACAACAAGCAGACUGGAGCAACAAAACCUGAACGCGAAAGCGCACCAAUGCUUCACAUCCGUGGGGGAUGUCUCCGUUUGUUCACGAAAAAGAAGAGGCUCGAGGAUGAUGAUACCGUGCCCGCUGUGCUGUGGUGGGUUGCCGGUGGUGUGCGUCAGAGACCAACCGGAAAGCAGCUAAGAGACUGGCAGGCGAGAAGCAAAGGUGACUGGGGCGAAGGGCUGAGAGGAUUUAUCCAAGAAUGUAUCUUUGUCAUGUCUAGGGGGAAGUACUGUCUAGACCAGCGCCGAAAUAAAACUGCAGAGCCAGUGGUUGAAGAACGAGAUCCUCCUACAGACCAUUUGACUGAAUCCUCAGAUAUGCGGAGCCUUUCAGAGCUGUAA